GCACCUCGAAUGACAUUGCUUUUGGCUGCAUCAGUUGCACGAGCGUCGGAAACCGUCUGGGAGUGUCCAUGCUGCCGCCCGCCCUGCAGGAGACCAGAGCACAACCGCAAACCCAAAGGACGAGCUGGAGUGGCACCAGUUCCUCCAGAGUUCCUGGGACAUUGCCAGGUCGCCAGCAAAGCAGAGCCGCGGGUCCUGCCCCUUAGGUCCGAGGGGAUACUGACCCUCCUUUGGAACAUGGGAGGCAGGAAGUCAAUUUGGCAGCUACUGCGUGGUCCUCGCACCCUGAAGCCUGGACGCCCUUUUUCCGAGGUUCAGGCCCCAGGGGUUGUUCCCUAGGAGAAGAGUCAACAGUGCCCUUCCCCUAGCUAUUCCGAAGCCCACAGGAUUCUGGUGCAAAAGACACAGGUCAACGCAGGUGGAAACCCUAGUUAACUUGCAGGCAGCUGGGCCCGGGUGAGGCUAUCCUGAGGUCGCGGGAAGCAGAAGAGACUGCAGCCUGCUGAACCGCAGCCAGGGUGGCGGGGGGCGGACUCGGGGUCCUGGCCCGGGUUGGGGGCUGGGCCGGGCUGGGGGCGGGGCCUCUAGGUGUGAGGCUUUACCGGCGCUGAGGCGCGGCCAGGCCUGGCUUGCGCUGGAGCGUGGUUUUGCUUGCGAGGGUCAUAAGAUGGGAACGCUCCCGGAACGCAGAAAUAUCCCGCCGUGGGUGAAAGUGCCCGAAGACCUGAAAGAUCCAGAAGUGUUCCAGGUCCAGACGCGGCUGCUGGAAGCCAUGUUCGGCCGGGACGGAUGUCGAAUCCCUUACAUCGAGCAGGUGAGCAAGGCUAUGCUCGAGCUGAAAGCUCUGGAGUCUCCAGACUUCACCGAGGUCGUGGUUUACGGCUCCUAUAUAUACAAGCUUCGAGCCAAGUGGAUGCUCCAGUCUAUGGCUGAGUGGCACCGCCAGCGCCAGGAGCGAGGGAUGCUCAAACUUGAGGAAGCCAUGAAUGCCCUCGAACUGAGCCCUUGGAUGAACUGAACCAGCUUGCAACCAGGAUGAAGGCCAGGAUGUAGAGAUUAGUUUGUGGCCAGCGUUGCAGUGAUUUCUCCAGCUUGGUUUAAAAUCUGUUCCAGCCUGAGGAGUUGAGGGAAAAUCAUCCCUUUAGGGGUCUCUACCUUGGGUCUCAGUUUUGUUGUGAAUAUCUUUGAUGGUUGCCAAUAAAAGUUUUUCUUCCCCAUUUUAAAAACUAACAAUAAAGUUUUAAAUCAGUAAGUA